AUGGAAGCCAUACGUGCUGCCCCUCAGCCAAAUUUAACCCCUGCGGACUAUACUGUCGGCUGGAUCUGUAGCAACCAUAUAGAGUAUGAUGCCGCGCAGCUAUUUCUAGACGAAACGCACUCGGGCAUUGCGCCAAGUAACCCCAGUUACACAUUGGGCAAAAUUGGGAAACACAAUGUCGUUAUUGCAACCAUGGCUUACAUGCUUCGCGAGGAAGCAACUGCCUUAAAUCUUAUAUGCGAUAUGCAGUCUGCUUUUCCUAAUAUCAAUAUCAACUUGAUGGUUGGUAUUGGAAGUGGCGCGUCAAGUUCAAAGCACGAUAUACGGCUUGGAGAUGUCGUGGUUGGUACUCCUUGCAAUGGCAAUCCGGGUGUCUUAGAAUAUCAAACAGUCCAAGAUGGGACAUUACGUGAAACAGCACGUCAUUUAAACGAACCACAGUCACUUCUUAUGAACUCAGUCGGCAAACUUCAAGACAGUUAUGCGAUAGAGGGUCACCAGAUUGAAAAAGAUAUUAGCAAAAUUUUGGAGAAGAAGCCAAGGCUGAGGCAGAAGUACGGCCGACCACAAUCAAGCAGCGAUAGGCUAUCUAAGUCUACAGUCAACCAUCCUUUGAACACUGAAGAAGGCGGCAUAAUUUCCCACGGAAACAACGUGUCGAUGUUAGUACAGCGACCGGAACGGGUUCGAAAUAAGGCUAACCCCUGUAUUCAUCAUGGCACGAUUGCUUCGGUUUAUCCUAGAACGAUUGCUUCGGUUCAUCCUGGCACGAUUGCUUCGGGCAGCCAGAUAAUGAGGGAUGCCAUCAUUCGAGAUAAGCUAAUUAGCGAAAAGAAAGAUAUCGAAAACGAUGUUUUGACUGUUGACGGACACCGGCCACUACGAGGUACAGCCACAUUCGGCAAGAAUGGAAACGUCGUCAGGCUGUUGCUGGGGCAUGGCGCGGAUGUUCACAUUGCUAACGAGAGCAUCUCACCAUUAACUCAGGCUAUCAUUUUCAACAAUGGAAGGAUAAUCAGGCUGUUAUUAGGGAAUGGCGCGAAUUCAACUUCGUUGGGCAUAGAUAUAGAUGAGAUGAAGGUAUAG